GCUGCACUUUACACAUAGUAGACUUCCAACUGUGAGACAUAGAACGUGAGUGACAGGAGGAGAGAGCUGAGGCUGGGCUCACCGGCUGGAGUGGGCAGAUACAUAGAGCAGCAUUGCAUGCUGCCUGCUGGAUAAGGAAACAGUCUGUGCUGUGGGUGAAGAAGAUGGUUAGAGGAGAAGUUCCCUAGAUUUCCGAGAGAUGGGCUAUCACAGAAGAGGCUGUAGCUAUUUAUGCUGAAGAAGACCCACCACCCCUGGCACCUGAGUCUGUGCCUGCAGCCCUACCACCUUCAAUCUUUGCCAAGCUGUGACUAUAAAAUAUUAUUUUGGACUCUUUGACACCUAAAAGAUUCUUGAUAUGAAUAUAGAAGACUCUAUCCAUUCUACAUAUAGAUCUCAUUGGCACCUUGGACACUAGGUACCCAAAGAUCUUGCAGAGAAGACUUUCUCCAGUUGUUCGUGGCACCUACGACCAGGUUAGAUAAGAUCUGUGCCCAGCUAAGAUUCCAAAAGACUUGCUAGGACUGGUACAGUUCUAUGGGUAUAUCUGAAUCCGGAUGGGACUAUAAGAGACACAUUUUACUUUGGUGCAACUUUCUACGGCACUGCGUUCUUCAGCUGUAGCCAGAUGACCAUGACCCUCAUGGCACCAGUGACUACAUCUCUUUCUUGAAUACUGGAGGCCCACCAGCUUGGCGCACUGGCACCUGGGGUUACAUCUGAAUCUUGAAUGUUACUUAAAGAGACACAUUUUGUGGCACAACUUUCUAUGGCACUGCUGUCUGUAGCUGUAACCAGAUGACCAGGCGACACGUAACACCAACAACAACAACAACCUAAUCUUGAAUACUGAAGGUCCACCAGCUUGGCACAGUUCUCACUGGCAUCUGUGGGUACAUCCUAGUUUUGGAUAAGAUAAAUUUAGCUUUGGAACACCUUUCUAAGGCACUGCAAUCUUUAGCUGUAACCAGAUGACCAUGUCCUACAUGGUACCACUGACAUAGUUCAUGACCUAGUUUUGAAUUUUGGAGGUCCACCAGCUUCUCCCUGCCACCCUUGAGUACAUCCAAAUCUUGGAUGUGACAAAAAGAGGCAUAUUUUGCUCUGCCACAACUUUCCACAGCACUGCAGUCUGCAGCUUUAAGCAGAUGACCGUGUCCUACAUACCACCAAUGACAGUGGCUACAAACUGAUCUUGGGCUUUGAAGGUCCACCAGCUUGGCACAGUGGUCCAUGGUGCCUGAGAUUGUGACCACAUGCAUAUGUCUUAAGUUCUCUGUCCAGCUGUGAAGAUAGAAGACACUUUUUACAAAUGCAAUUUUUUUUUCAUGGCACCACCUGAGCUUGUGGCGACUACAAGCUUUUCCCCCAACAACUAAGACCCGUGACAUCUCAUGUGAUGCCAGUCCUUUUCUCCUCGAAUCAGCACAUGCCAGGAAGAUGACUUUGUGCCCCGGACUUCUAAAGCGCAGCCGAGACUCAGCGCUGAUCAUUGAAGGAGAGCAACGGAGCAUCUUGACAAGCUUGGCAUCUGUGAGGACCUCAGGAAGAGGGGAUGUUGAUACAGGUCCAGCCAACUCAGCUGUCAUCCGUCCAUCAUUCUUCGCACAGCGUGGAGUCGCCCUGUCCCCCUCAACACCUUCUCCCACCUGCAUUCAUGACUGACAGACCCUUAUCUUCUACUGAACAAGACUUGGUCACUCUGACAAAUCACACCAACGCUACCAAUUGCGGAGAGGAAAUUUUGCCCUAUGGGGACAUCGAAAAGAUUGUCAUUGGUGUGGUUCUGUCGAUCCUCACUGUGUUCACCAUUGCUGGCAAUGGUCUGGUCAUUAUCUCAGUGUGCAUUGUGAAGAAGCUGCGGCAGCCUUCCAAUUACCUGGUGGUGUCCUUGGCGGCGGCAGACCUGUCAGUGGCCAUCGCAGUGAUGCCAUUUGUCAUCAUCACUGACCUGGUUGGUGGAAAAUGGCUCUUUGGGAAAGUGUUCUGCAAUGUUUUUAUAGCCAUGGACGUCAUGUGUUGUACAGCAUCAAUCAUGACCUUGUGCGUCAUCAGUGUGGACAGGUACCUUGGAAUAACUCGUCCCUUGACCUACCCUGCUCGACAAAAUGGCAAGCUCAUGGCUAAGAUGGUGUUUAUCGUGUGGCUCCUCUCUGCCUCCAUAACCCUCCCUCCUCUUUUUGGAUGGGCCCAAAAUGUGACCGUGGAGAGAACGUGUCUCAUAAGUCAAGACUUUGGCUAUACUGUCUACUCUACUGCAGUGGCCUUCUACAUCCCUAUGACCGUCAUGCUCAUAAUGUACCAGAGGAUUUUUAUUGCGGCUAAAAUCAGUGCCGAGAAGCACAAAUUUGUCAACAUCCCUAGACUUAUGGAGCAGGAAGGCAUAUACACUUUGGAGGAGAAAAUGGCUCCUAAAAAGAACUCUAAAAAAAAGAAAGCGGUGGAAGAGUUUGCCACCUUGUCGAAGUUAAUACGCCAAGACAGAAAGAACAUUUCCAUCUUCAAGCGGGAACAGAAAGCUGCAAGGACUCUCGGAAUCAUUGUUGGGGCUUUCACGUUAUGCUGGCUCCCGUUUUUCUUGUUGUCUACAGCCCGGCCAUUCAUCUGUGGCAUUAGCUGCAGCUGCAUGCCCCUCAGGCUGGAGAGGACCCUCCUGUGGUUGGGCUACACUAACUCUCUCAUAAAUCCAUUGAUCUACGCCUUCUUUAACAGGGAUUUAAGGACUACGUUCUGGAACUUGCUGAGGUGUAAAUACACCAAUAUCAAUCGGAGGCUGUCGGCUGCUAGCAUGCAUGAAGCUCUGAAAGUCACGGAGAGACACGAGGGCAUUCUGUAACAAUUUGGCGUGGUUUCUUUUUGGUGAACUUGUGACAUCAUUUGAAGGAAACCUCCAAAAGACAUGCUAUACAGUGCCUACUCCAAGUGAUGACGCUUUAUUGUGAAUUGUGUGUGAUAUUUAAUGGAUAUUUAUUUAAGUCUUUAACAUUCAUUUGUGAAUCUGUGGCAUCUUUCCAACAUAAAAAAAAAAAAA